AUGACAAUAAUCAAUAGUCUAAUAGUGUUACUUGGUAGAAGGCGAAUUCACACAAUUGUCUCACGAGAACUGAUCAAACCUUCCUCUCCAACUCCUCCUCACCGAAGAGCAUACAAUCUUUCGUCGCUUGAUCAAAUUGUUACAAGCACAUUCACUCCGCUAGUUACAUUCUACCAAAACACGGGCACAUAUCCUAGUUCCCAUGAUAAAAUGCUUGAACUCAAGAACUCGUUAUCUCAAACUCUUACAAAAUAUUACCCUUUCGCUGGUAGGUAUGCAAAAAUGGCCCCGACCUAUGUUGAUUGCAACGACGAGGGAGUUGACUUUCUACAAGCAUCUGUUAAUAGCACGCUCAUGAAAUAUCUCCAAAACUCACAACAUGAUGAUCUCAACCAAUGUUUUCCAUACGGUCGAGUAUUUAACAGCAUAAACCUUCAAAGUGAUGAUCAUCUUCUAAACAACAGUGUGAUCCCUCUAGCAGUUCAAGUCAAUCAUUUUGAAUGUGGAGGAGUAGCGGUGGCAGUGUCGUUAUCUCACAAGAUAGCAGAUGGUAGUAGUCUGUACCAUUUCUUUAGCGACUGGGCUAAAAUGACACGAAUUUGCUCCAAAAAAGAUACACCUGAGAUUCUCAUUGACCCUCAUUUUAUUACUUGUGAACAUACUAACAUAAAUUUCUCAGGAGUCUAUAUCGAUACCCCAAAGGAUUGUGUCACAAGGAGUUUCAUGUUCCCGGGCUCAAAGAUAAACGACCUUAAACUCAAAGCCAUGGCCAUGUCUAUGGAAUGCGGACAACCCAUCAUGAACCCUACUCGUGUUGAAGCUUUGACUUGGUUACUUUAUAAAUAUUCUGUGGCAGCAGCUACUAAAAAUAAUUCAGGCCCUUAUAAACCCACAGGUAUUAGCAUUGCUGUCAACAUAAGAAGGAAAAUGAUCGAGCCCUUGCCUGAAAACAGCAUUGGAAAUAUUCUCUCAAUGUUGGAUGUUGAAACGAGAAACGAAAGUGAAAUGAAUCCCGGGUAUAUAAUUGGCGAACUUAGGAAGAAAAAGAUGGAAAUUGGAGGCAUAAAAGAUAUCCAAACUAUCUAUGGGCACAUUUUGAACAAUUUUUCUGAAGAUUAUGCAGAAGGGCAGCGAAACAAAAUGAAGGAUUAUUAUGUGUGUACAAGCGUAUGUGGGUAUCCUACAUAUGGUAUCGACUUUGGAUGGGGAAAGCCCGUUAAAGUAACUCUUGCUGGAAAUGUAGGCAAGAACAGCUUUAUACUGAUGGAUGGCCCGAAUGGGGAUGGUAGUAUAGAAGCACUUGUGAGUCUAGGAAAACAGGACAUGGAAAUUGUUCAAGCCGACACUGAACUACUUGCCUUUUGUUAA